CAGGGUCACGGGGAGUUAGAUACAAUCUAUGCGACACUCGAAAACCAAUGUGAAGCAAAAGGAUGGGCUCUCUCAGAAAUCGACUUUCUCAUCAUCUGUGGUGACUUUCAGGCGGUUCGAAAUGACCUCGACUUGAAUUGCAUGUCUGUUCCUCGAAGGUAUCUACGCAUGGGAGACUUUCACAAGUACUACAGCGGCGCUGCAAAAGCUCCCGUCUUGACUUUGGUGAUUGGCGGUAACCACGAAGCAUCCAACUAUCUUUUCGAGCUGUAUCACGGAGGCUGGCUUGCACCGAAUAUUUACUAUCUAGGUGCAGCUGGGGUCAUCAACUAUGGACCUUGUCGCAUUGCUGGACUUUCAGGAAUCUACAACGGCUCGGAUUACCGCAAAUCUCACGACGAGCGACUACCAUACGACAGAGAUCUCAUUCGUUCGAUUUAUCAUGUUCGGGAAUAUGAUGUGCAAAAGCUGCUUCAGGUUACUCAACCAGUCGACAUUGCUCUUAGUCACGAUUGGCCAACUUGGGUUGAGUUGUUCGGGAACCAUGAGCAACUCUUUGCUGAGAAGCCUCACUUUUUCGCAAGUGCAAAAGUUGACAACCUUGGAAGUAAACCGGCUGCAGAGGUCUUGAACGGUCUUCGACCUUCAUACUGGUUCUCAGGACACAUGCAUGCAAGGUUCGAGGCUACAGUUGAACAUCGAGGUUCAAAGAUGGAAGACUCGGUAAAGCAGUUGGACUUGCCUGAUACUCUCAAGGAUGUGCUUCCACUUUUCAAGUCUAGACGCAAGCCGUCACAGGCCUCUUCAUCCGAGUCCGUGGGCAGGAACCAGCAAACGGAGUUUCUUGCCUUGAGUAAGGCUGGCCAAGACGUUGCGAGUUACAUGGAACUCAAGGAGCUAAAAGUUCCUACACUCCUAACUGGGUCUGCCCUUACAGAAACCUCUAAUGGGGGGAAGUUUCAUCUUUGCUACGAUGCAGAGUGGUUGGCCAUUACUCGCGCCUACAAUGACACCCUGAGGAUUCCAGAUCCCGAGACUCUAAUUGUACCUCCGCUGAAAGGCAAACAAAAGUCUCCCGCAUCAACCAUCCCUAAACACAAAGAUUGGGUCAAGGAGAACAUCGUCGACAAAGACCUUUUGAGAAUUCCCAACAACUUUGCCAGGCAUGCACCCGAGUACGACCCAAACGUUGGUCAGAGACGAGAGCAACCUCUGGAGUAUCCGAAUCAGCAGACGGCUGAGUUUGCAAAGUUGUUGGGAAUUUCCAACAAGUUUCAUCUGGAGGAUAGCACUUGA